ACACACAAAUAAGGAGUUGGUUUCCCAGAGGAAAAGUAAGAUUUCGAACAUGAAGCUUCCUUGGGUCUUGAUACUGAACACAGCUCUUUUUGUACACACAAUUGCUACUGAAAGUAAAAAUAUUUAUCCAACGGUCAAGAGCAUGAAAUCUGCAAAAUCCCCCUUUUCACUCCCUCCUGACCAAAACAAAAACAUAUCUGUGUUACAUCUCAGUUACGGAAACAUUACUCUAAAUGAGAAUGAAAUAACAUUCCUCCACAAACAUAUUGAUACCAUAGAACUAUACUUGAGCAAUAACAGCAUUGCUAUUCUACGUAAUUGCAGCUUUGAAAGUCUUUCAAAACUAGCAAUUAUGGAUCUCAGUAAUAAUUCUAUUGCAAUAGUAGAGCAAGCAGCAUUUUCUGGUUUGAACAAACUAACAAAGUUGUAUCUUCAGAAUAAUAAAAUUGAACAAAUAGAGCCUCAUACUUUUGAAUUACUUGGAAGCUUGAAGAUAUUGAAUCUACAAAAUAACCAGCUGGCCUAUUUGGAUAUUAAAAUACCACUUAGUUUAAACAGGAUUACAUUAAGUGCAAACCCAUGGAAUUGUUCAUGUGGCCUCCUUAGAUUGCAGAAUUGGUUGAAUAACACCAAUGCAACCUUGGAAAAUGAGAACAACACCAUGUGCAUUUCCCCAAAGAGUUUAAAAAAUCAUCCUAUCAAAAGCGCAUUUCUACCAAACUGCCAGAAAAGAGAGAUAACUGAAGCAACUUCCUUAUCUUCUGCUUCUACUGAUUCAAGCAAUGAUACUGUAUUGGCUGCAUAUAAUGGUACUGAUAAAAAGUCAUUAUCUUCAGAUUUUCGGCCUCCUGGAAAAAGCUGGACCUUUUUGAUGGGUGUCCUAGUAUUUAUUGUUGGCACAACAUUACUGAUAGUUAUUGUCAUCAAGUCUCCAGCGUGGUACCGAUAUUUGAUUAGCUAUAAUCACAGCCGACUGGAUGAAGAUGAACCUGAGAUGUUUGAAGAAACAUUCACAACUCAUAUUUCUGCACUCCCACAGAUGCCAGAUGUCAAUGAACAAGAAUCUGUAGUAGUUUACGAGCAAUUUCAUACAUUUGUUCCCGAAGAUGAUGAAUAUAUUGAAGACAAAUAUAUUGAUUCAUGAAUAUUAUAAAUAUGAACCUCACUCCUCUGUCAUGAAAGAUCAGCAGAGAGCUAUUGUAGUUGUAGUUCUAUAAACUAUAGAGCUAAAACUAAUUUACCCCAGCUUGUUUUUAAUCAAAAAAUUGAUGCUUAAACACAGGCGUAUGGUUUUCUUGUAAAGAAAAGCAACUACUCAGUGGCAUGUUGUUGGAGUAUAUAGCUUUUGCAUUUCAGUUAAUACAUUUUCUUUGAGUAGGAAAACAUGCUGUUAUGUAUUUCAGCAGGAAAACAUGUGUUCAUUGUGCACAGUUAAUCACAUUACACAGGUCAUCAAAUAUGUCUGCUUUAAGAGCUUAAAAAGUAACUAUCAGUGAUGGAAAAAUGAAAUCUCCCAGAUUUGAACAGGGAACAAUAUUUAACUUUUUCAAGGUUUUAAAAAAUAAUUUUGUUUUUGUCAUAUUGUAAAAACACAAUGUAAAAAAGUUCAUAUUUGUUUUCAAAAUGUGUCUCCUUACAAUGAAUAAAGUAAACAAAUGAAUAAAGAAUAAAGAACAAAUAUAAACAAGGGCCAGGAAGCAAUACCACAACAACACAGGAAACACUUCUAUGAAGUCUUUAGUUUUGAAAUGUUAACUCAGCUACUUACUUUUGUCUUUCUGUAAAUAUAAUGUCUAUUCCUUGUGCUUCACGAUCAUUUUGUGCUUUCAGCUAUUCAAAUGACAAAAGCCAUCAGUAAACAGGUAUAUUUCUAGUGAAAAUGCAA